GUUGCCUGUGUGUCCCGGUUCACCUUCCUACCGGGUCGGGAUCACCGAGCCCCACUUCAGUGAAAGCCCGGUACCUGUCGGCAUGAGCGGGGUGCAGAACUUCCGGAGGUGCGGCUCUGUUGUGGUGACCGGGGCCAGCAGAGGUCUGGGUCUGCAGAUGGUGGACAGUCUGGCGUCUGGAGGGUUUGCACCUGCGAGGAUCAUAGCCACGAGCAGAGACCCCAGCAGAGCACAGAAACUGCAGGAACUGGCAGAGAAACAUCCCAUAAUCCACAUAGUCACUCUGGAUGUGUUGGAUCAGGACAGUAUAGAUCAGUGUGUAGAGCAGGUUGGUUGUCUCCUUGGAGACGCCGGUCUGAACUGUCUGAUCAACAACGCAGGCGUUAACGUGGUGGCAGACUUCCAGUCCGUCACCGCAGAGCAGAUGAUGCAGAACUUCCACACCAACGCCGUGGCUCCUCUGAUGGUCACCAAGGCCUUCCUGCCUCUGCUGAAGACAGCUGCUUCCAUAAACACACCCUCUGACCCGAGGAUCAUGGGUAUUCAGCGAGCAGCCGUCAUCAACGUCACGUCUCUGCUGGGCUCGGUGGAACUGAACUGGGGCGAACGGGCCAACAACUUCAAAUGGUACCCCUACAGGACGUCCAAGGCUGCUCUGAACAUGGUGAGUCGCUGCAUGGCUGUGGAUCUGGAACCUGAUGGGAUCCUGUGCAUGGCCAUCCACCCAGGAUGGGUCCGCACCGACAUGGGGGGGGCUCAGGCUCCACUAAGUCCAGAGGAGAGCAUCUCUGCCGUCUUGUCUGUGAUUGGUGGACUGACUGAAAAGGAUCAUGGGUCGUUUCUGAACUUUACAGGAGAGCAGUUGCCGUGGUAACCGAAGUCCCCCCGAAUGACUGUGAAUGAGUCAUUUAUGCACAAACACAGACUAUGCAAAGGUCAAAGUGUUUAUUUAACACUAGAGUGAACAGAGUUUUUACUCUUGGUUUAUAUUUAGUGCAUAGUUUUUAACUGGUUUUAACUCAGUUCUAAACAGUUAGUUCAGUUUCUGAUACAGAGGAAAAGCAUUCAUACGUAGAUAUGAACGUGUCUACCACACAAGCACAGUACGACGCAGUAAUGAAGGAAUGAAUGAAUGUUUACGUUUAGAACAUG